AUGUCCCACCAAUUGUCUUUUCAUCCCGCCGAAUCCAGCGGUGUAGGCGAAAAUGCAAGAGUCCCUUCCAUAGAGGAGAAACAUGUCAAUAACAUGUUCGCAAACGCUGCUUCUGCAACUGCGAAAGAACAUAAAAUGACCUUAUGGGAAGGAAUCAGACUUUACCCAAAAGCUAUUGGAUGGUCUAUUCUCAUUUCCUCUUGUUGUGCAAUGGAAGGAUACGAUGUAUCAUUGGUCGGAAACUUCUACGCUUUCGAGCCCUUUAACAGGAAAUAUGGUGUUCUAGGUUCAGAUGGAACGUAUCAAGUCCCGGCCAAAUGGCAAUCUGGAUUAUCCAACGGUGCUCAAUGUGGUCAAAUCUCAGGACUGAUUUUGAACGGUCUUUGUACUGAAAGAUAUGGUUAUCGGCCCGUACUAAUGGUCUGCCUUGUGUUCUUAAUGGCUGUAAUCACGAUAUUUUUCUGCGCACCAAACAUCCAAACCUUGCUGGCAGCAGAGAUCUUGGCCGGUAUUCCAUGGGGUGUUUUCCAAUCUAUCGCUAUCAACUAUGCAGCGGAAGUCUGCCCUAUCCCCCUUCGAGGAUAUUUGACAUGUUAUGCCAAUUUCUGUUGGGGAUGGGGUCAACUUAUCGGUAUUGGUGUCAUUCGAUCGAUGUUCGAUAGGGAUGACCAAUGGGCUUAUCGAAUCCCUUAUGCUGUGCAGUGGGUUUGGCCACCUAUCAUACUUGUUGGAGUCAUUUUCGCACCUGAAUCACCAUGGUGGCUAGUCCGAAAAGAUCGAAUUGAAGAUGCAAAGAAAUCGUUAAUCCGCUUAACGUCAGCCAAACGUAAUCCAGAAUUUGAUGUUGAUGAAACAAUAGAUAUGAUAAGACACACUACUGAAUUAGAAAGAGAUAUCACGACAGGAACAUCCUACUUGGACUGUUUCAAAGGGAUUGAUUUACGUCGAACUGAAAUCGUCUGUGCUAUUUGGGCAAUCCAGAAUCUUUCAGGCAAUACAUUUAGUAAUUAUUCAACAUACUUCUUCAAACAAGCUGGAUUAGAUGGGACUAUUGCAUAUGAUUUCGCAAUGGGUCAAUACGGUAUCAACAUGGUCGGAGUUUUCGGUGCUUGGGGUUUAAUGGCUUUAGGUUUAGGUAGAAGAAAAUUAUUAUUAUUUGGUUUAGUCGGUUUAAGUCUUUCUCUAUUCAUAAUGGGCUUCAUUGGUUUAGUACCGGAUAGUCAUAGACAUGCUGCAAGUUUAGCAACUGGUACAAUGAUGCUAGUCUGGGCUGUGAAUUAUCAAUUAUCAGUAGGAACCAUCGCAUAUUCUUUGGUCGGUGAAAUAUCCUCGAGAAGAUUAGCUAUCAAGACGGUCGCCUUGGGUAGAGCGGCAUACAAUGUAGUUGCUAUCAUCAACAAUAUUUUAACUCCUUAUAUGAUCAAUCCAACAGCAUGGAACUGGGGCAACUACGCAGGAUUCUUUUGGGGUGGUUCAUGUUUACUUUGUUUGAUUUACGCAUAUUUCAGAGUACCUGAACCUAAUGGCCGAACGUUUGCAGAACUCGACGUCUUAUUCGAACGCAAAAUCUCAGCUAGAAAAUUCGCUACUACAGACGUGAACGCGUUUGAUAUUGCUUUAAGGCAUCGUAUUCAAGGCGAAAAAGAUUCUUCUGCUCAUGUAGAAGAAAAACAUAAUGCUUGA